GUGGGCACAGCUCUGAGCAAGCCAAGAUGUCUAAAGUAUCAGGCGAAGUGUUGCGUGAGGGCAUCGCCGGCGUGCUGGGCGGCGCCAAGGACAAGCAGCGCAAGUUCACGGAGACGGUGGAGCUGCAGAUCGGGCUGAAGAACUAUGACCCGCAGAAGGACAAGCGUUUCAGCGGCUCCGUGAAGCUGCCCUACUGCCCGCGCCCGGGCAUGAAGGUGUGCGUGCUGGGUGACCACAAGCAUUGCGAGGAGGCCAAGGCCAUGGGCGUGGAUGCCAUGACCGUGGACGACCUGAAGAAGCUGAACAAGAACAAGAAGCUGGUGAAGAAGCUGGCCAAGAAGUACGCCGCCUUCCUGGCCUCCGACUCGGUCAUCAAGCAGAUCCCGCGCCUGCUGGGCCCCGGCCUGAACAAGGCGGGCAAGUUCCCCACCCUCAUCACCCACAACGACUCGCUGGAGAGCAAGAUCAACGAGAUCCGCUCCUCGGUCAAGUACCAGCUGAAGAAGGUGCUGUGCCUGGGCGUGGCGGUGGGCAACGUGUCCAUGUCCGACCGCGAGCUCUACGUCAACAUCCAGAUGUCCAUCAACUUCCUGGUGUCCCUGCUGAAGAAGAACUGGCAGAACGUCAAGUCGCUGUACAUCAAGAGCUCCAUGGGCAAGCCGUACCGCCUGUACUGAGCGGAUGGCGGGUGCCGCCGCCCGCCGGCACGGCGCGGCAGCGGGAGGCAUCCUGCUGCCUGCGCGGCGGCGGCGCCGGCGGCGCCAGCCCUGGCGUUCAGCGGCGUGGCGCGUGCGCCCAUGGCGGCGGCGGCAGCUUAGGCUGCUGCUGCACCCGCCGGGCAGCACCUGCGCGCUCGCUGGCCCCAUGCACGACUGCCGCUGGCAGCAGCCCCUUGUGGCGGCUGCCGCGGCGCCCCCUGCCGGCGCGCUGACCCGAGAUGCUUCCUCACAGACUGACACAACCACCAACAGCUGGCUGGUGCAUGAGAACACUCCCACCCUUCGCCGGGAGGCGCCAACCGGUCUGCUUGGGAGCCCUGUGGCCGCACACACGGUGCGGCCAGCGCAGGAGCGCUUGCUCUAGUCAAGCAAGUCGAGCUGUUGCCCUGUGAAGAGUACUGUAACCAAGCGAGACACA